AUGGAUCUCGCCCUCGCUUCGUCCGCCAGGUGUGAGCUGCGCUCGUUGAUCCGCUUCCUAUCUGAAAUAAACAUUCCGCCGGUAGAAAUCCUUUCCCAGCUAUGCGAAAUCUAUGGAGACAAGUGUAUGAGCAUACAACACGUGCGCAAAUGGUGCAGAGAAUUCAAGAACGGGUUGUCUAACACUAACGCCACCAACGAGCUCAUCGCAAAAUUUGAAUGGAGUAUUGUCAAACACCCACCCUACAGCCUGGACUUAGCCCCAAGUCACUACUAUCUCUUCCCUGUCAUGAAGAAACACCUGGAUGGAACGCAUUUCGGCGACAGAGAAGAGCUGGAAGAAACGGUUCUAAGGUAUCUGCGUGGCUUGGCGGCAGAUUUUUUCGACUCGGACAUUCAAAAGCUCGUACACCGCGUGCAAAAAUGCGUUGAACUCAGUGGCGACUAUGUAGAAAAAUAG